AUGGGUAGAUCAAGGAAAACUGCAGAUCUCAACGCAAAUAUGGAGCCUCUCGGUUCUCGUGUUAAAGGUCCUACUCAUAAAUCUAGAUCACUAUGGCAGGAGGAGGAAUUUGAGGACCUUCCUCGCUCUCGCUCCCGACAUCGUUCCAAACAAACUUCUCGCCGCGCCCGCUCCAGUUCCAAAAGUCCUCGGCGUUCCAGUCACUAUCGCCCGCGCUCUAGAAGCCCUUGUAGCUCCCGUCGAUCACGCCGAUUCGUCCGCUCUGUGUCGCCUCGCAAAGAUUCAAGCUCCGGAUCCUACGAGUCUCGAUCUUAUCAUGAUGGGGCUACUCCUCGUGAUAGAGGCGUUUCGAAUAGUGAUUAUUAUCGGCCAUCUUAUACCGUUCGGAGUAUAAGCAGGUCCUCUGAGACCAAAGGCCAAGCUCUUUCCCUUGUAUCGAGUUAUAAUCCUGGAGAAUCUUUAGAUGACAAAGAGACACCAGUUACAGAAACAUGGGCCGAAAUUGCCAGUCGCAAACAUAGAGAAUUGGCAAUUGCUGCUUCUAAUCUUCUCAAUUCACCAAGUCCAAUCGAAGAAUCAUGGGUAGAGAUUGCCGGUCGCAAGCAUAGAGAGAUAAUGAGUAUCGCAGCAGCUAAUGCAAUCACUUCGGCUCAGAUUCCUGUCACUACCUCUGUUGAAGAACCACACCCCUUUGAAUCACCAACACGUUUCGAACCAUCAACUCCUUCCAAAGAGCGAACACCGGCGGUAAACAUGCCUCCCGUUAUCCCUACUAGAGAUGCGAGAUCCUCGUUGAGUGCGAGAACAAAACUACGACAAGAGGAAGGUCUAGAUCUUCAACGUCAAAUAUCCUCCCUAAUUUAUAAUCGCAAGAAUAUAUCUCCCGCCAAACCCAAGGUAGGUAUUACAGUGGAGGCCAAAAAAGAAGUUACCAUUCCUUCCACCUUAAUCAAAGCAUCUCCCCAGCAUUCAGGCACUUCCUCCACGGCAACCAUGCCUGCUUCAAUACAAGAUCUGCAGUCACGAGUCAAGUUUCUCGUAUCUGCUCCAUUUCAGGGCAUGCAUCCAUCGAGACAAAGUCUUCUCAAUUCUUCCCCAGUGCCUCUGCCAGAAACAUCACCCGAAGAUUUAUAUAUACAGGUUGAAUCUCGUCUUCCCGUGUCCCCUCCGAAGACUACAAUUAGCACAGCAAUUCUUCAAACAAAGAUCCAAGAGCUUCGUCGCGCAUCCUCCUCAAGCGAGGCACCAAAACCGAUCCCAAGUGUUGUGGAUGAAUCCUUCUUCGCCGAUGACCCCUUCUACUCAGAAUACAAUACUUUCGAGCCAGUAAUACCAACACACUGGCAAGAUUAG